AUGGUUAAUGGCCUCACAGGAGCACUUUCUCUUGUUCUGUUACUCCAAAACCUUGUAGAGCCCAUAAAACACAAAAAUACGAAUUGCUAUGUACACAUGCAUAAUAAUGUCAAUAGGAACAACUUUAUCAACACAGAAACGAGGGAAGCAUAUCAGAGUGGAAUAAAGGGUACUAAGAAUAUUCUUCAUGAGGGUUACAGGAACAGGUAUGUACCACUGUUCGUGUCCAAGGGAACCGAACUGUUAAGUUCGUUUUUUAAGAAUACCAGACGGGGAAGUAGAGAUAACUCGACGCAUAUUUCGAAGAACGGGAAGAACAGUGCCCUCUCUUCGUUUAAUGAGAAUACGUCUGCGCGUGGCACUAGAAGCAGGUCUUCAAAUGGGAGAAAAUGGAAAUCAAGUAAAGGUACCUCGCAGGAAAGCGCGAUUGAAGAAGUAACAGAUGAACUGCUUAGCAGCCUCAGUAGCCACACGGAUGAAGGUUUUAUGAGUGUCACUUCGAAUGAUCAUCACAAUAGGAAGUACAGUCCAGGAGGAAGUCACUACCCAAGGAAUAUGACCAAUGAGAGUAGGAACAACGACGGCAACCCUUAUAUGACUACAGCUAAUUACAGCCCAGGGGAAAUGUCCGAUGUAAUAUCAAAUUGGGAUGUUGCCAAAAUGAGUGUUAGAAGGAAAAACAAUGUAGAACACAAUUUUACUUUUAUGUUGGACCUGAUUAAGGGGUCCUCUUCCUCCAUACACUACAAGAGUGACGAUGUGAUGAUUCGGCAGGAUCGUUCUGGAGAUGUACUAAUGGAUGGUAGACGGCUACACAAAGGGAAGGUAAAACAGAGGAAGAAAUAUUUGAAUAGACUGUACUACAGCUUUAGGGGCCACAAUGCUUUUCUCUCGCGAAAGGACGGCACUUGUGGGGGUGACGAACCCAGGGAUGUGUGCCUCGAUCCGGUACGUGCCUGUCCAAUACAGAAAAAGGAACCACACGUAUGGCAGCGAGGAGCGCACGGUAGCAAGUCACAGAGCUGGCAUAACAAUGGGAUUGAUACUGCUGCUUCUCCUGCAAGCCAUUCAAGUGACUCCACAGCCUUCCUAACAUACGAAGAAAAACAAAGGGGAAAAGAAAAGGCCCAUCAGGAAUACACAAGGUAUAUAGAAGAGAGAAGGUAUCCAUAUUUUAAUUUUGUAAAAAGUAAAAAUGGUAAGAUAAUAAAAAAAUUACUAAUUGCAAAUAACGGCAUGGCAGCAAUGAAGUGCAUACUUUCAAUAAAGGAAUGGCUUUUUAAGUCCUUCUCUGAGGAAAACUUAAUUAAGAUCAUAGUGCUAGCCACAGAAGAAGAUAUAACAAGCAAUGCAAAAUAUAUUUCGUUGGCGAACAAAGUUGUAAAGGUACCUCCUGGGAAGAAUUCCAACAACUAUGCCAAUGUGCCGCUAAUUGUAGAUAUAGCAAAAAAGGAACAAGUCGAUGCCGUCUGGCCAGGAUGGGGACACUGCUCAGAGAAUCCUGUACUCUCCACCAUGCUGGAAAGGGAAAACAUUAUUUUUAUAGGACCAACUGGAGAUGUAAUGGAAGCCCUAGGGGAUAAAAUAUCCGCCAAUAUCCUCGCGCAGAGUGUAAAUGUACCAGUGGUAAAGUGGAGUGGAGAUAGCAUCCGAGUUGAUAAUUUUGAAAAAAAAAUUAGUGAAGACAUAUACAAUAAGUCUACCAUACAUUCAUUAGAUGAGUGCAUAAAGGAGUGCCAACGGAUCGGGUACCCUGUUAUGAUAAAAGCAUCUCAAGGAGGGGGAGGGAAAGGUAUUCGAAAAGUGGAAAACGAAGUGGAAAUAAAAAAAGCCUACACACAAGUACAGAUGGAAUUACCCAACUCGCCAAUCUUUUUAAUGAAGGUCUGUAACAAUGUUAGACAUAUAGAAAUACAGGUUGUUGGGGAUAUGUAUGGUAAUGUAUGCUCUCUAAGUGGAAGAGACUGCACGACCCAAAGGAGAUUUCAAAAAAUUUUUGAAGAAGGGCCCCCGUCAGUUGUACCUCCAAACAUUUUCCGCGAAAUGGAAAAGGCAUCCAUACGUCUAACAAAAAUGAUAAAAUAUAGAGGUGCCGGAACCAUUGAGUAUUUAUAUGACCAGGAGAAGCAGACUUAUUUUUUUCUCGAAUUAAAUCCUCGGUUGCAGGUGGAACACCCCGUGUCGGAGGGCAUCACCAACACCAAUCUUAUUUCGAUACAGCUGCAGGUGGCCAUGGGAAUUCCCCUCCAAAAUAUAGAGGACAUUAGGAGGUUGUACCGCAUAGGGGAAGAGAGCGGGGGGGAGAGUUUUCGUGCGCCGAUGGAGGCCGUGCACAGGUUCGGUGCGGUGUGCGAUUACACCCCUCCAAGGGGUAGCAGCGUGAGAAGCGAGAGAAGUGAGAGCGGCGGUGGUGUUAGCUGUGCUGUUAGCGAUAGUGAUAGCUAUUUCUGUGGGGAUGAGGACACCUUCGCGAAGACGAGCAAUGGGACUCUAGGCGACCGCGAAAAGGGAAGAGACCAAAGUAAUGACUUCUCAUCCCCCCGCGCGGAAGACAUGAACCCAUUCGACUUCUACAACAACAGACCGCACAUAAGCAACCACGUGAUUGCCGCCAGAAUCACCGCAGAAAACAGCAAUGACAGUUUUAAGCCCACUUCGGGAAAGGUACAAAGAAUCCAUUUCCAAAACUCGAAAGACGUGUGGGGAUAUUUUUCCAUCAAUGAUGGAUCUGUGCAUGAAUUCUCCGAUUCACAAAUUGGGCACAUUUUUGCAAAGGGAGAAACAAGGGAAGAAGCCAGAAAAAAUUUAAUCCUUGCAUUAAGGAAAUUAAACAUAGAAGGGGAAAUAAAAACAGUCACAAAAUACUUGGCAAAAAUUUUGGAAUGCAAACCAUUUAUUGAGAAUAAUAUAACAACUAAUUGGUUAGACAGAAUUAUUGAAAAAAAAAAAUAUAUUUAUUACAGCGCAGUACAUAUAAUAAUUCUGUGUGCUACGAUUUUUAAACUACUCAUUCAUUUUACCAAGGAAAAAGAACAAGUGGAAGAUGCGCUCAGUAGAGAGGACAUAGGAUUUAAGCCACAGGAAGAUUCCUUGGCUAAUUUGAAAAGGGAGGUAAAAAAUGCGUACACAUUUGACAUAGUAUUUGAAAAUGUGCGGUAUAAUUUUAAGGGCUAUAAUACAGGGGAGAAUCUUUAUACUUUAAAAAUUAACGGACAGGAAAUAGAAGUGCUAGCUGAUUACGAUAAAAAAAAUAAUAAAAUAUUUGCGACCUUUUCCAACCAUACAUAUUCGUAUACAUGUUUGGAAGACAGCUUAGGUAUCCACAUGCAUUUGGAAAAGGACAGUAUUUUUAUACCCAAGAUGAGUAACCCAUUUCAUUUGGUUUCUAAUACGAAUGGGAAAAUUGUAAAAUAUUUGAUUAAGGAUGGAGAAGAGAUCGAGAAGAAUGAAGACUACAUUGAAGUCGAGGCGAUGAAAAUGAUUAUGACUUUUAAGUCUACAGAGAAAGGUAUACUCAGGCACAGAAUGUCCGAGGGUACCAUGGUUAAAAUGGGGGACCUCCUCGGCGUCAUUGAGGAAACCUCUCCUGAUAGUAACACGAAGCGGGCAGAGAAAAACGAAAUUAAAACCUUCACUGGACAUUUGGACUUAUCCAAUAAGUACGCAUACGAGUUGGAGGAAGCGAGUACAUUGCCGCACCCCCUUAGGGGGGAGGAUGUUCCAUUCAAUUUUACCACCAUGGAUGAGUCUGCAGAAGGUGGUUGGCCUAUUACCGAUCAAAAGGAGGGCAAAAGUCAUUUGCAUAAGGGAGUUGCAAAUGAUCAUGAGGAGGAGACACUGAAGGGUGUACCAAACCAUGCGGGAAGUGGAAUGCAUCGUCUGAGUAAAAAUACCAAUGAGACACACGUUGUGGAUGGCCCCAAGUCGGAGGAUUCCUCCUUCUUCUCCUCCUUCGAACAGGACGAUGUGUCAUCCAGGGAAGGGAUGACAAAGAACCGGCUAUUCCUAAAGCAGAAGAAAAACAUAUUCCGCUUAUUUGCAAGCAAAAAGACCAGUGAUAAAAAAGAACACACUGCAUCGAGUUACGUAAACGAGAAAAUUAAUUCCUUCAAGGCGUACCUCACUAGUUUGAGUUCGUCCAACGAAAGUUCGGCGGCACCCACGAGUACCAGCACGAGCGUCAAGGUGGAGGCAGAUGUGGAGGCAGCCGCGGAGUCGAACAAGUCGUACGCCAAUUCUGAAUCUAGGGAGUGCGCGAAUGUGUCGUCCAGCUCGCACACUAUGAAUGAUGAGUCGGGAAGUGCCAACCAGGGAGGUGGAAGCCGGGGAGACAUCUCCACUGUUCUUAACUCAACCUGCGAAAACUCUUCAACGAGUGAGAAGAGGGAUCGUAAUGAUAAUGUGUCGAGCGCAGUUGUGUCCACGAGGAAUGGCUCCAAUGAGAAGGCAUCCAACACAGGCACCCUAAGUUGGGACACGGAGAAUAAGGGGGCAUCAAAAAGUGCUUCAAAAGGCACUUCCAAAUGCACCUCAAUCAGUUUCACACACGUGGGGGGGGACACCCCAGGGGUGGCUUCUCCAAGUGGUCACCCGAGCACAGGUGGAGACGCCACAAAAAAACAAUUCCUGUUGGACAUGCCCAAUAUGAAGAGAGUAGAAUAUUUGCUAAAAGGAUAUGAACAGGAUUACCAAAAAUGCUUCAACGAAUUAGUGAAAGAGAAAAACAACAUCAACUCUAACUUUAUUUACAUCCUAGACAAAUUUACAGAAUACAAUUCUUUAUUUGCGAAAACAGAAAACAUCACACAGGUAGAAGCUUACGAUAUUUUGCAUACUACGUUUAGGAACGAGAAGAAAAAAAAAUAUGAAAUUGCACAUGCGUAUACGUAUAACUACUUAAGCAUAAAAUUUGUGGAGCUAGUUUUAAAAUAUUUAUUAGACAGUGGGUUCACCUCUCUGAGUGAGGUGCCAGAUGACCUAUUGUAUAAGCUAAAAAUGAUAACAUCCUUUAGAGGGAAAUCAUUUGGAAACAUCAUUUUGCUGGCCAUGGCGAUAGUACACAUCGCGGAACAUAUGAGCUUGGUUCAGUUCGUAAAAGAUGCAUUAAACGAUAGGACUCCCAAUUGUGGUCACAAAAUUAAACAACUGGAGGAGCAUAUAAAAAUGAAGCACAGCAUCGUUACACAUUCGAGACUGGGACAACUGCGAAGUGGUGCAUCUACAUCCCCUUCUACUUCCAGCAGCUACAGCAACCAUUGCGAACGUGUAGUGAAUACAUUUUUGGGAACCCCUUCCAACAUGCACAUGUUCCUUCCAUCCCUCUUUACCCCACAAAAUAAAAAUACUCUCCUACAAAUAUAUGCUCAGAAUUUAUAUAAACACUUUGAUGUAGAAACAGAACUAGUGGGGGAUGACUGUCUGAAAUUUUUUAUAAAAGAUUCGGAAGAGGAACAUUUACUCAUUCUAAAUGAGAAAAGUAGGGUAUAUGUGGAUGAGUUAAUUGCCAAAGGGGGGAUUAAUCCCUCUGGUGGACGCAUAAACAGCAUUCAUAUUAUUAAUAAAAAUGAAAGUUUCCCUAAUGAUUAUGAAGGGAGUAUAGGACAUAUAAAGAAUAGGUGCAAGCAUUUGUACAUUUAUCAUUAUUUUGGGGACAGGUACGGGGAUGUUUACGAGUGGGUUGGAGAGGAAGACACUGGGGAGGAGGUCCAUUCUGGGAGCAGGACAAAUAUGCUGCCUUACCAAAGAUAUAUUUUCUCCUUUGAAAAGAGCUGCAAAAAUUAUGACCUGCAAAGUGUAGAUGAGAAAAUAUUUAAAGGGACCAAGGUAUUCCUGGGGAUGUACAAAAAGAAUAACAAAAUAGAAUCUCUGUUCGCAGAGAGGGUGGUCCAUGUGUGUGAUUUUUCAAAGGGCGGAGUGUCUCUACUGAGGGAAAAUCCCCCAAAAGGGGAGAACACCAUGGGAGAGCAAGAAUUACCCCCUGCGAUGGAACAUAAGUGGCUACAGGACGCACUCACGGAAGAGUUGAAAGAAGCGGUGAAGGAUAUAGCACUAGCUAGACUGAAUCCAAAAGUGAGGGACACAAAGGUCAGCAGCUACAUAACUUACCAUGUAGUACUAGAUCAAGAGAAAGGGAAGGAAGAAGACGAAUUAAAUACAAUUGAAGCAGCGCUCAAGAACUUCCUCAAUAAGCAUAACGAGUUGCUUCUAGAAAAUUACGUGAACGAUGUAUACGUCUGUGUGUACAGAAAAGGAGGCAAUUUCCCCAAGGGGAGUCUCAAAUUAGUACCCACAAAGGUACUCAGACUGCACGUCCUGUUCGACGCAAAAAAUAAUGUAAUUGAAGAGGUGGACAGUGUACCCCCCUUUGAUGUGGACGCGUUGUACUUAAAAAGAAAGAGGGCUAGAGAUAUAGAUACGUUAUAUGCCUACGAUUUUGUCAAGGCUAUAAAUAUUUCCCUAAACAGGGUGAACAAGAGCGGCCCCGAGGAUUUGUUCACAUAUGUGAACAGCGUCAGGGAGUUUAGGUUGGACUUGGAAGCACUGCAGGGGAACAGUGCGAAGCAGUCCAAGCCCCAUAUGGAUGAAAACGCCACGUCCCAUAUGGAUCAAAACGGCACGUCCCAUUCCGCUGGGCUGUUUCUACGGCACGAGGGCCGCAGCGAGGACGAAGUGAAGAUAAGAAAGGCGCUGUACCUGUCGGACAAACUAAACGUGGGGCAAAACAAUCUGAGCGUCAUCGGCCUCUUGAUGAACGUGAAGACAAUCGAAUACAAAGAAGGAAGAGACGUCAUUUUUAUCUUAAAUGACAUAACGACGCAUGGUGGCUCAUUCAGUGUAGUGGAAGACCAGCUAUUCUAUGCCAUAUCUAGCUACGCCAGGGAGAAAAAAAUUCCUCGCAUUUAUAUAUCCUGCAAUUCAGGUGCGAGAAUUGGGCUGUAUAAUUUUUUGAUGGACAAAAUUCAGGUCAGUUGGAAAGACGAAAAAAAAAAGGAACUCGGGUAUGACUACAUUUACAUAACAGAAGAUGUGAAAAAUAGGAUAGCCAAGGAGGACAUGAUAUUCUUGAAGGAACUUAUUCACAAUGGGGAGAAGAGAUACGUAAUAGAAGGUAUAGUAGGGAAUUUAAAUAAUCAUAUUGGAGUAGAAAAUUUAAGGGGGAGUGGUCUUAUUGCUGGUGAAACAUCCAAAGCGUAUGAUGAAAUUUUUACCCUAUCCUAUGUCACUGGACGGAGUGUUGGCAUCGGUGCUUACCUUGUUAGACUCGGAAAAAGAACAAUUCAGAAAAAAGGUUCUUCUCUUUUACUAACAGGGUUUAACGCGCUAAAUAAAAUAUUAGGGGAAAAGGUCUACGUCAGCAAUGAACAAUUGGGAGGGGUCAAAAUUAUGAUGAGGAAUGGAAUAUCUCAACUGGAAGCUCAAAAUGAUCAGGAUGGUGUCGACAAAAUUUUCAAGUGGCUAUCCUAUGUACCCAAAACAAGUAACCACUACUACGACGUUAUUGAAAAGGCGCGCGAGAGGAGAAAUGAAUUUAGCCAUUGUGAGGAGGGUAAUAUGGAGGAGGUAAACAGCGCUGUAAAGGAAGCUUCUCAAUCGGACAAGAAACCCACAUUUGUUAGGGAACCUUCAAAAAUGUACUUCCACACAAUUAACGAUAUAGACAUGGAUUAUGUACAAAACGCAGAUGUGGUAGAUCUGAUAAGAGGCUCAGAAACGAAGCAGGGUUUUUUAGACAAAAAUAGCUACUUUGAAUAUAUGAAUGAAUGGGGAAAAGGGAUCCUAACGGGGAGAGGGAAAUUGGGUUCUAUCCCCGUUGGAAUAAUAGCUGUUAACAGAAAUUUAGUAACGCAGGAUAUUCCGUGUGACCCAGCAUUGAAGACUAAAGCAGUGAGGUCAACACACGCACCAUGUGUUUUUUUCCCAGACAAUUCAUACAAAACAGCUCAAUCAAUUGAAGACUUUAAUAAAGAAAAUUUACCCCUAUUUGUUUUUGCCAACUGGAGGGGUUUUUCAGGUGGCACCAUGGAUAUGUUUAACAGCAUUUUAAAAUUCGGGUCCAUGAUUGUUAAUCAGUUGGUUAAUUACAAGCACCCCGUUUUUGUGUACAUCCCAAUUUGGGGCGAACUCAGAGGUGGGUCAUGGGUUGUUGUGGACGAAACGCUAAAUAGCCAAAUCAUCGAGAUGUAUGCGGAUACGAACAGUAAAGGGGGAAUUUUGGAGCCACCUGGGAUUGUCGAGGUGAAGUUUAGGUUACCUGAAAUUAGGAAGCUGAUGCAUGGGAUUGAUUCGUCCAUAAUUGCUCUGGACAAACGGCUAGCCGAAGCGCAGGAGGAUGACGUAGCUAGAAUAAAACAAGAAAUAGAGGACAAAGAAAAAGAGCUGUUGCCAUUUUAUUUGCAAGUGUGUCACAGAUACGCAGAUCUUCAUGACGUAUCCCAAUGCAUGAAGUCAAAGGGAGUGAUUAGGAAAAUCGUUCCUUGGGAGAAAGCCCGUUCCUUCUUUUACUACCGCCUCGUGCGGCGCUUGCUAAUGAGCACGCUGAGCAAAAAAUACGGAACUGCGUUGACCCAAAGUGAAGAAUUUAAGAAGCUCACCAAUGACAUGUCCUCCUCGGACGAAGACGACUACGAAGUGUGCAGGAGAAUUUUAAAUGAAAGUACUCUGAGGGAUAUAGAGCGAUUAAGGAAGGAUCUGAAGCAGCGGAAAACGCUGGACGAGUUUUACACGGCCUUUCAAAGUUUGCCUCCUGAACAAAGAAGGGAACUCUUUAGUAAGCUAAGUUCGUACAAGUAG